AUGUAUUUUCAAAGCUGUACCUACUCUUCAAAGUCGGAUUUUGGCUCUACCUCGUUUUCAACGGAGAGCGACAGGGACUACCCGGGAUACUGCUACCACAAACCACGGCAACACUAUCCUCCUCCACCUCCUCCUCCGUGGAAAUGGACCCUCUACCAGGCGAACAAUCCUAUAAGUUCCCCGAAGCCCCCCUGCUUCACUUUACCAGGAGAAAAUGCUUACCAAGAGGUUCUACCCACCCCACCGGAGUCAAGAUUCAACUCCGGCAAAGACUGUUUUCGGUACGGCGGCUCUGCUCCCCGUUUACCCUCACAGGCUUUCCCGGGAGACCAGCUGACUCUCCCCGGCAGAUACACCACCUUCAACCCGGACUCACAGCUCCUCUAUCCGGCAGCACGGAACAGCAUCCUCCCCCCUGUUUUCGACCAGUUUUUGGAGAGUGCAGAAGAGGAAAUGGAUCAGAAAGUAGAGACAGUUCGACGAGAGAAGGAGACAAGUGGGGUCGAGUGGACGAGCAGUGACAGCGGGGAACGCAGCGAGGUGAAGGCGGGGUCAGAGUCACAGCAGCCGGGGAAAGAGGACGAGGAAAAGGCGCCGGUUUCCAGCGAGAGGGCAGAAGAUAACACUCUAGUACCGAGUGAGUGAGUGAAAAAAAUAAGACACCUAGCUUAUUUCAAGAAAAGUAAUGUCGAUUUGGUGACCUAGUUUGGUUACCUGGUGCAGACGUGCAGCUUCACAAGAAAUCAAUAAAAACGAACUGGACUGAAUAUUUUGGCCCAAACUGAGGACCUGAGAAUGACCCUGGUUAAGAUCAUUGUUUAGGCUAGAAAAAGUGCAGGACUGGCUAAAAACUGAACAUCCUGCUAUAGUCUUGUGUUUUUUGCUUUUCUGCAUGAUCCGUACUGACAACCGUUUUCAGACUAAAAGGCCCAAAGGCUUUGUGUUAAUUCUGCAGGACUAGGCCAAUCUGUGUGACUUUUUGCAGUGAUGGCCACAAAAACACUGCAAUCAACAUCAAAACUCUGAUAUUUAUAUUUUGAAGUUUUUGUAUACUCUAAGUUAGUGGUAAAGAUGAGUGCACGUGCAAAGAGGACGAUCAUAUAUACCGUCUCCAACCUUGUCCUUCACAUUCACUCAAUACUAUUACAAGUUAUAUAACCAGUCUUUUUAGAGUGAUAACCAUGAUAACCUUAUGAUUAUCCUCUCCAAGCAGAGUCCCGUGUGAACAGGAAGAAGCGUUGUCCUUACUCCAAGCAGCAGAUCAGAGAGUUGGAGAGAGCCUUUCUCUUCAGCGUCUACAUCAACAAGGACAGACGUGUGCAGCUCGCCCGCCUUCUGCGCCUCACAGAGAGGUGCGUGCAGGUUACAAAGGCAAAUAAAGAAAUAAGAUAAUAUUCAGUCAAUCAAUAUUUUGACCGUGAGAGGAAAACCCACUCUGUUGUUUGGGGGGGUUGACUGAUAAGGCAUUUGAAGCUAUACCCUUGGUUACCCUUGGACUAUGUGCAAGUUUGAUUGGCAGUUACCCUCCAACACACACACACACACACACACACACACACACACACACACACACACACACACACACACACACACACACACCUCUUGACUGUAAAAUGUAACAACACACCUCUUUUGAAACCUUGUUUUUAGCGAGGAAACCUGAUGAGUUUUUACGUUACAUCUCGUUUUUUCAUAUCUAAAAAGACACGAUUUCUGAAUUAUAUGCGGUUGAUAUUCAAAAGAAAAGUGGUAGGCCUAUUAUUUUCUACCAAAAAUGUAAUUGCAGCAGAUACAUACAUAUAUUUUGCAUUUGAGAUACAUUUGUAGGUCAAUGAAAUGGCUGAAACUAUCGGUACUGGUCUGUUCUUAAAAGGCCGGAGGAAAAAUAAACUAAAAGUCUGCAGACCAUGUUAACAGCCCCACUGUUGCCUGUACAGUUACUUGAUAGAUGACAUUUAGUGCAGUGUUAUAUGCAUUUGUUAUCCUAUAUUAGCAAGUUGGUAAAUAUUAACAAAUUUAUAGCCCAUAUAUAAAAAUCUGCUUUUGGACAGCCACUGCAGUAAAUGCUGUCUUAAAUGUAACACGCCACCACCGUCCUUUAUAGAUGUUACAGGUUUUAGCCCAUCCGAAACGACGGCAGAUCAGCUCAGAAACACUGGCUCGUGUUUAAUACAAGUUCUGAUACAGCAUAGUCCCGUUAAAUGUUGCUUCUGAUUUAUCAUGUUCUGUGUGAAAUCGGCCAUCACCCAAUGUAUUUUUCAAUUCCAUACAUUAUGCUAUCCAUGUGAAACAUGUCACUGGCUGAAACAGUUGUAUAUUAGAUUAUAUAUACAUUAGAUAAUACGAGUAUAUGUAUAUGACUAUUUUUCUGAUUUGUUGUAAUUAUAUUUUUGUACUUUAUCAAACGCAAACAACAACGUCAGCGCAUCAUGUAGGCCUAACGGCCGUCGGCAGACCCGCUCUCUCAGUAUUAGCAUCAUUGCAGAAAUGAUAGCCACUGGUUUGAUUUACUUUAAAAAAAAUUACAAUAAUUGAAACGUUUCUCUGUUUGCUCGUGUUGAUCCAGACAGGUGAAAAUCUGGUUCCAGAACAGAAGGAUGAAAGAGAAGAAACUGAAAACCGAGAGGCUGCAGUACUACACCGGAUACCAUCUGUUCUGA